AUGACUCUGGGCUUUCGCUUCAGUUAUGGCCAUCUUCCCGUAGCACAGAGGCCACUAGUCCCUGACGAGCAGCGGCUGAUAAAGGAAGUGUUUGAUGAGGAAGCGUAUGAUUCCAGCGCUCGACCUGUCUAUAAUGCUUCACACAAUGUCGAAGUUACGUUUGGUUUCACCCUGCUGAAAAUACUGGAUUUGGAAGAAAGGAACCAAGUACUUGUUACCAACGCCUGGCUGGAACUGAGUUGGUUAGACGAGAGAAUUUCAUGGGAUCCCACUGAUUACAGUGGUUUACGGGUUGUUCGCAUUCCCGCCGAUAUGCUCUGGCUUCCCGACAUCGUUUUGUACAACAAUGCUGAUGACUUCACGACUGGUUUCAUGCCAGGGAGAGCCAUGGUAAGUCAUAAUGGCGGUGUUUUCUGGGGACCACCAGUGCGCCUGAGAAGCUCGUGCGUCUUAGAUGCCAGUUCUUUUCCAUUCGACACUCAGAGCUGUGUGCUGAAGUUUGGGUCGUGGACGUAUCCCGUGUCGCAAGUAGAUAUUCUCAACAUGAGACCGAAAGUGGACGUGUCUAGGUACGUGAGUAAUGGGGAGUGGCAGCUUGUCGGUUACACCAGUACCAGGUACGAGACCGUUUACCCUGGACCCGGCAACGUAACAUACUCCGAUGUAAAGGUCAAGCUUGUAAUUCAGCGCCGAACUCUUUACUAUAUCAUGAACAUUUUGUUUUCUUGUAUCUGGUUGAGUAUUUUGACGUUGCUGGACUUUUGUCUGCCGCCCGACGAAGGAGAGAAGAUCACACUUGGAGCCACUGUUCUCCUAUCGUACGCCUUUUUCAUGCUGCUCGUGGCAAACAGUGUUCCACCGUCAUCCGAAUCGCUACCUUUACUUGGUAUCUACUUAACAUUGUCGCUGGCAGUAAACAGUGCCUCAUUGUCACUUACAAUGCUGGUAUUAAAACUUCACCAUAGUCCGGCGGGGCGUAAUGACGUGCCUUACUGGUUGAGAGUUGUCGUCCUAGACUAUCUCUCCAGACUUGUGGGCUGCCAUUGUCCACUGCUGAAAAGAUCAGGUGAAAUGUUGAAAGAGCCAAAACAUGAGGACGAACUAAACAGUGAGGUUUGUAGAAGCUUGAUUGCCAGUUCCGUGUCGUGGACGCCUGUCACAUGUGAUAUCAAAGACAUGGAAGACAUUGAAGUUCUGGAGGAGAUGACAACCGUGGCAGCCAGCACACCACUUAAUCAGUCCACACAAGACUCCUUCUCUGAAUCAACACCAGUUCCGAGCCUUGUUCAAAGGGCUGUCUUUAACAAGAUGUCCGGAUACCUAGAUUACUUAGCGUCGAAUGCCCAGGUUGACAUGAAACGGCACCAAAUCAAAAGUGAAUGGAAACAGGUGGCACUGGUUGUCGAUCGUUUUUUAUUCUGGCUCUUUCUGUUAAUCACAGUCUUGUCAACCUUCACAGUUCUCUUGAUUAUACCCUAUCAAAGAUAUGCUGUCGAGUCGACGCAUUUGUGA